GAAUAGAGCAAGCGGGUUGAGAGUGUCUAAAGCAGCCUCUGACCGCCACUUUCAAACUACAUCUAUGAAUCAGUCUGGGGUAUUCUUACAGAGCAAGUAACACGGAUCGAAAUCCCCAGGAAGCGGUCUUUUUGCUGGAUUUAACACAGGCAAGUAGGUCAUAUGACACAAACAUACCUGUUUCCAUUGCUUGUGUUAACUGAAGAUUGAAUCCUUGAAAAGUUAAGGUGGUCCAGAAGAUGUUAAAGAAAUGAUAGCAGCACCAGAAUUGCAAACAGAGUUUCAUUAUCCUCAGGAUACAGACACUCGUUUCUCAUCAGACACUGACUUUGAUGAUCCUGAUGCGAGAAAUGCCGCUCAGGGGAAAGGGAAGGUGAAGAAGGGGAAAAAGGCCCCUGGGGACAAGGGGAAAGGCGGUGGCAAGGGCGCAGGCCGCUUGAAUGGCCACCACCAGGAGAACGGCAUGGAGAACAUCAUGCUUUUUGAAGUGGUUAAGCUGGGGAAGAGCGCCAUGCAGUCUGUCGUGGAUGACUGGAUAGAGUCCUACAAGCAUGACAGAGACAUCGCACUCCUUGACUUGAUAAACUUUUUCAUCCAGUGUUCAGGCUGCAAAGGUGUUGUGAGUAGCGAAAUGUUUCGACACAUGCAAAACUCUGAGAUCAUUAGAAAGAUGACUGAAGAAUUUGAUGAGGACAGUGGAGAUUACCCUCUCACAAUGGCCGGCCCGCAGUGGAAGAAGUUCAAGACGAGUUUCUGCGAGUUCAUCACAGUAUUAGUGCGUCAGUGCCAGUACAGUAUCAUCUAUGAUGAAUACAUGAUGGACACGGUCAUCUCUCUGCUCACAGGCCUCUCAGACUCUCAAGUGCGUGCCUUCAGGCACACCAGCACUCUUGCAGCCAUGAAGCUGAUGACUGCUCUGGUCAACGUAGCACUGAACCUCAGCAUUAACAUGGACAACACGCAGCGCCAGUAUGAGGCCGAAAGGAACAAGAUGAUCGGCAAGCGGGCCAACGACAGGCUGGAGCUCCUCCUCCAGAAACGCAAGGAACUUCAAGAAAAUCAGGAUGAAAUUGAAAAUAUGAUGAAUGCCAUUUUCAAGGGUGUCUUCGUUCACCGAUACCGUGAUGCGAUAGCGGAGAUCCGAGCGAUCUGCAUUGAAGAGAUCGGUGUGUGGAUGAAGAUGUACAGUGACGCCUUUCUCAAUGACAGCUACCUGAAAUAUGUGGGCUGGACCAUGCAUGACAAGCAAGGUGAGGUGCGACUGAAGUGCCUGACGGCCCUGCAAGGCCUCUACUACAAUCGCGAGCUCAACGCCAAGCUGGAGCUCUUCACUAGCCGCUUCAAGGACCGCAUUGUCUCCAUGACGCUGGACAAGGAAUAUGACGUUGCCGUGCAAGCAAUAAAACUGCUCACGCUCGUGUUACACAGUGAGGAGGUCCUAACUGCUGAGGACUGUGAGAGUGUCUACCAUCUGGUAUACUCCGCCCACAGGCCAGUUGCCGUGGCAGCAGGGGAGUUCCUCUUUAAAAAACUGUUCAGCCAUCGAGACAUGGAGGACGACAGCAUGCCUAAGAGACGCGGCAGACAGAGUCUAAAUGCCAACCUCAUCAAAACCACUGUUUUCUUCUUCCUAGAGAGUGAGUUACACGAGCAUGCUGCGUACCUGGUGGACAGCAUGUGGGACUGUGCUGCGGACCUGCUUAAGGACUGGGAGUGCAUGAUCAGCCUGCUGCUGGACGAGCCCCUACCCGGAGAGGAAGCUCUAACGGACAGGCAGGAGACGGCCCUAAUCGAGAUCAUGCUCUGUACCGUCCGGCAAGCUGCGGAGUGCCAUCCACCCGUGGGCAGAGGCACCGGCAAGAGGGUGCUGACAGCAAAAGAGAAGAAAACGCAGCUUGAUGACCGGACGAGAAUGACUGAGCUCUUUGUAGUGGGAUUGCCACUUUUACUAGCAAAGUACUCAGUUGAUGCAGAGAAGGUAACUAAUCUUUUGCAGCUGCCUCAGUUCUUUGAUCUGGAGAUAUAUACAACAGGGCGGCUAGAAAAGCAUCUGGAAUCGCUGCUGAGACAAAUCAAGGAGAUUGUGGAGAAGCACACAGAUACCGACGUUCUGGAGGCUUGCUCAAAGACCUGCCAUGCCCUCUGUAACGAGGAGUUCACCAUCUUCAACAGGGUGGACAUCGCCCGCAGCCAGCUUCUCGAUGAACUGGUGGACAAGUUCAACAGGCUGCUGGAAGACUUCCUGCAGGAGGGAGAAGAACCAGACGAGGAUGAUGCUUAUCAAGUCCUGUCCACACUGAAAAGGAUCACUGCUUUCCACAAUGCACAUGACCUCUCCAAGUGGGACCUGUUCACCAGCAACUAUAAGUUACUGAACACGGGCAUUGAGAAUGGAGAUAUGCCUGAGCAGAUCGUUAUCCAUGCACUGCAGUGUACACAUUAUGUGAUUCUCUGGCACUUAGCCAAGGUUUCUGAGGGAAGCUCCAAAAAGGAGGACAUGGUGACUCUGAGGAAGCAAAUGCGUGCAUUCUGCCUCAUGUGCCAGCGCUAUCUGGCCAGUGUCAACACGGCUGUCAAAGAGCAAGCCUUUACCAUCCUGUGUGACCUGCUGCUGAUCUUCAGUCAUCAGAUCAUCUCGGGUGGGAGGGAGGUCCUGGAGCCUCUGGUGUACAUGCCCGAGGCCUCCCUGCAGUCGGAGCUUCUCAGCUUCAUCCUGGACCACGUCUUCAUCGACCAGGAUGAGGACAACAGCAGUACAGAUGGGCAACAGGACGAUGAAGCAGGCAAAAUUGAGGCUUUGCACAAGAGACGUAACCUGCUUGCAGCUUACUGCAAGCUCAUCAUCUUUAACGUGGUUGAGAUGAAGACUGGGGCUGACAUAUUUAAGCAGUACAUGAGGUAUUACAAUGAUUAUGGUGACAUCAUCAAGGAAACCAUGAGUAAAACGAGACAGAUUGACAAAAUCCAGUGUGCAAAGACGCUCAUUCUGAGCUUGCAGCAGCUGUUUAACGAGAUGCUGUCAGAGCUGGGCCCAGGCUUUGACCGCUCCUCCUCUGCCUUCUGUGGCAUUAAGGAGCUGGCCCGCCGCUUCUCGCUGACCUUCGGUCUGGAUCAGCUCAAAACCAGAGAGGCCAUUGCUAUGUUACACAAGGAUGGUAUUGAGUUUGCCUUCAAGGAGCCAAACCCUCAAGGGGAAGGGCAUCCUCCUGUAAACCUGGCUUUCCUGGACAUCCUCAGCGAGUUCUCGUCCAAGCUCAUGAGACAGGACAAGCGCACUGUGCACAUGUAUCUGGAGCGCUUCAUGACAUUUCAGAUGGCCCUGCAGAGGGAGGACUGCUGGCUGCCACUCAUCUCCUACAGGAACUCCCUGCAGGCCGGCGGUGACGACGAUACCAUGUCCGUAGUGAGCGGCAUCAGCAGCCGUGGCUCCACCGUGCGUAGCAAGAAGGCCAAGCCCGUCGCUGGCAAGAGGAAACUCUCAGAAGCAGAGGAGAGCAGCGGCGGCAGCGAGGUGUGGCUGAACCGAGAGCAGGCUCUGCAGACGCCCGUCAUGAUGCCUUCGCCUCACCUCACCUCCACAGUGAUGCGCGAACCCAAGCGUCUGCGGCCGGAUGACAACUACAUGGGCGUAUACAGCAUGACCCCCGAGCAACAGCAGCAACCGCCGCUGCCGCAGCAGCAACCGCCAACCCCCCAGCCCCACCCACACCCACAGACCCCCCAGCCCCACCACCAGACACCCAUAGACUACAACACGCAGGUCACUUGGAUGCUAGCACAGAGGCAGCAGCAGGAGGAAGCUGCCAGACAGCAGCACGAGAGAGCCAUGAACUAUGCCAAACUGAGGAGCAACCUGCAGCAUGCCAUUCGUCGAGGAUCAGGCUUAAUGGAAGAUGAUGAGGAACCAAUUGUAGAGGAUGUGAUGAUGUCAUCAGAAGGCCGAAUUGAGGACCUUAAUGAAGGCAUGGAUUUUGACACGAUGGAUAUUGAUCUGCCCGCAUCGAAGAAUCGACGAGAGAGAUCGGAAUUGAAGCCAGACUUUUUCGACCCAGCCUCUAUCAUGGACGAGUCUGUAAGGACCACUCAUUUCCUGGGUUAUGAUGCUUUUCAGCGGUAAUGUGGGGAACGCAUACACUCUCCACCCUAAGGCCAUGAGAGAUCACCACUAGAUGGCACUAAUAGGAGUGAUUUCUAAUAAACAGCCUUGUUCCACAGUUUACUCCAUGCUGUGGAAAUUACAGCUUCAAGCAAAGAAAUGCUAAAGCCCAUCUGGACGUAAUUAACUACAUUUUAAGAGAAUCAAGGGUCGUUUAUUUGGUAACACUAACCUCACACUGAAUUUAAACAUUUUCUUUUGUAGGUCCUUGGAGUACCCAUGUUUUAAGAUAAAUUUGGAGUCUUUUUCAAGGAAAUCAUCUAUUUCUGUAAUAUCAAAUUGAUUUUGUAAAGGUGAUCCACAAGCUCAGUGUAGAAGCUAGUAAACAAAAACACAUGUUCUUGUGUGUUAAAUAUAGACUUAAAUAUAGUGACUUCAGUAGUCAUUGGGUAAACUUUUUUUUCCUCUUCAUGCAAAAUGUUGAGGAUAGAUUGUGAAUUGCCAUGGAAUGUUGGACUGUUCUUAACCAUGUAUAAAAAUAUAAAAUAUAUUUCAAAGUUGAACGUCAUCUUGUGUGAAGAAAUUUGUGAGCUCUUCUAGAGUUGUGGUAUUUCUUAAAACUGGGGUGAAUGCAUCUUCUUUUUUAACUUAAAGAUAACUAUGUUAUGUAUAGCCCUUUUGUAAUAGUGAGUAAUCAGGUGUAAAGUAGUAAUUUAUAAGCAGGUUAUUGCUCAUCAUAGUGAGUGAUGUGAUAUAUUUUAUUCUUCUUAACUAUCUAAUAUGUAAAAUGGAGGAGAUCCUCCAGGUCUUUAUAUUUAGUGUUUAGUUUUGUUUCCCUCCCUUUGAGAAAGACAUUAACAAGGCCUACAGUUCAUGCUAUCUGCUAAGGACAGUGAGCGCCCUCAUUGUAGCUCUGUGAGGAAUCGGGGAACAGAAGCCUUGGCUCUGCUUCCCCAAAACAUCUCACCCAAAGAUUAGAACUGCUCGCACAUCCCUCCAAAGUGCAGCAUCAAGGAAGCAAAAGGAAAUCUCUCCAGUAGUGCCACUGUGUUUUGUCUCUAACAAAAGCAAAGCUUACUGUAGUAUGUCUGCUGCAAAUCUAUUGUCUCCUCCUUGACCUUCAGCUGAUUAGACUGAUGUAGACAUCUACUUAAAAAAUUAUAUAAAUUGGUGCUGAUUUUUUUAACUGCAUUUAGGAGUUUUUUAAGCUCCAAUUUAAAGUUAAAAGGAAAUGUAUUAAAAAUGUCAAGAUGAAAGCAUGUAGCCAUGCAGCAAGGAUUUUUUUAAAUUUGUAUUUUAUAUGGGUUUGUUGUUUUUGUUGUUGGUUUGGUUUUUGUCAAUUUUAAGGUCUUCAGGUUUUUACAUUUUCCUAAAUGUAAAUUAGGGUGGUUAUUGUUCCUGGACAGAACUACUACAUUCAGCUUUAAGUUUUGACCCAUAUCACAACUUCACUGUAACACAUUGUAACAUUCAUUCAAACAACAAUAUUUUGUGUUGCUUGG